AUGCUUAUUCCGAGAGCGGAAUAUUUGGAUUGUCUUUUCUCUUUGAGUAAUUUUGGUGAAGAAACACAACCGAUCUGCAAAGAGGAGAAAGAAGAGCACGUAGAUGUCGUCAUCAGUGAAGUCACAAGGAGUACCAGUGAACCUGUUUCUAAUAACACCGGCACUGCUAUUCAGUCAGCAGCUCCUGCCGAAAAGCGACCAUCCCUGGAACCAGCUGAAUCUUGGAAAACCCACUGUGGGUUUUGUGAUGGCGAAAGCACGGACCUCUUCAAACCAACUUUCUGUCGAAAUCAUUAUCUUAUACUACUUGCUUGUAUGAUUAUGGAUCAAGUGCUAGAUCUCUCGCAGGCUUUGGAAGCAUUCUGGAAAGUUUCCCAUUUUACUGUUGUGAUUUGCAAGAAACACAUUUUGGAUGCGGCUGAGCGCGUCCGUAAGGAGAAUCAACGACUUUGGGGAAUAGAGCCGGAACAGUGGCCUGACGAUGUUCCUUCACCAGUAACAUGUGAAUUCGCAGACUUAGUAAACUCGUAUGCUCAUCGUAUCGAUGUAGAUAGGAUGGCUUCAAUCAGACUAGCCGACAUCAAAGAGUUUUACUUUUCAUGCCAGAAGCUUUUCGCUGAAGAUGGAGGUACGGAAUCGGAGCAGAACGAGAAUCGUGUUACUGAAAAUGAAGAGGCUUCUCUGGAACGUGAUUUUCAAUAUGAUGACCAAGAGAAUUCAGAAGUAAUACCGUUUUAU